CACAUCCCCAUCCCAACAAUGUGUAAACACGUCCUCAACGCCCAAGUGGCCAUCCGCUCAGCCUGCUGCAAAAAAUGGUUCGACUGCGCCGAAUGCCACCAAGAACAAGAAUCCCACACUCUCACCAAAACCACCGAAAUGGUUUUCGCCUGCAAAAAGUGCAAGAAGUGUUUCCGGAAAGACGCGACGGAGUUUGAUGAGAGUGACGAGUAUUGCCCGCACUGUGAUAACCAUUUCGUGAUCGAGGCGGUUACGCCGACGCCUACGUUGCAGGUGGAGGGUGAGGAUGCGCGGAUCGAUUCGAGAAUGCUCAAGGAUGACCGGGUUCGUGGACACCAGGAACGCUCCAUCUUCAACUUCAAAGAUCUCUCCGACCGCCUGGGCUAGUCGCCCUCUGACGGCUUACGAACGAUACUUACGAUUUCAUGCUCUCCCUUGCUCAUACAUCCUUUAUAAUCUUGUAUAUCACCCUAGACCUUUUCAUAUACCAGAGCAGACACCACCUGGAUUACCGUGUAAAGGAG